AUGUCCAAGCAGAGCUACAAACAGCAAAAGGAGGACUUUGUGUCCAACCUCUCGGGCGGUUCCGUGCCCGAGAUAGCUGCCGUCACGGCCGUUGUACCCGUUGCUAUUCUGCUGUGGUCUGCCCUCCAAGCUCGCCAAUCCUUCUUCAGGCCGUACACGCCGCUCUCCUAUGCCGUCGACUUCCUCCUCUGCGUGGGCGCAUUCCUCCUCGCGACGACGCUCUACGCCAGCACGCCCGUCCUCCUGAUCCUCUUCCUCCUCGCGCCCGUGGCAUCCGUGUACAUGCUCCCCGCGCAGACGGCCCGCAAAAAGAAGCCGAUUGUUCCGAGGGAUGACAAGAACGCGGCGCGGCCGCUGGACGUGUUGCCGGCCAAGCCGUUCCUCACGUCGUACCGCGGCGCAAUGAUGGUGAUGACGUGCGUGAGCAUACUGGCCGUUGACUUUCGCCUGUUUCCGCGGCGUUUCGCCAAAGUAGAGACGUGGGGGACGAGCCUGAUGGACAUGGGCGUGGGAUCGUUUGUCUUCACCGCGGGCGUGGUCGCCGCGAGGCCCGUCUUGAAGGAGCGAGCCUCGGGGAAGAGCAUGUCGCUGGUCAAGCGCCUCGUCUACUCGGCCAGGCACUCGGCCCCGCUGCUGGUGCUGGGCGUCAUUCGCCUCCUCAGCGUCAAGGGGCUCGACUACGCCGAGCACGUCACCGAGUACGGCGUCCACUGGAACUUCUUCUUCACCCUGGGCUUCCUGCCGCCCUUUGUGGCCGCCUUCCAGGCCGUCCUGCGAUAUGUGCCCUCGUACGCGGCGCUCGCGCUCCUCGUCGGCGGCGUGUACGAGGUGCUCCUCGAAAACACGGCGCUCAAGGCGUACAUCCUCACCGCGCCGCGGACGGACCUGCUCUCCAUGAACCGCGAGGGCAUAUUCAGCUUCUUCGGCUACCUGGCUAUUUUCCUGGCUGGCCAAGACCUGGGCAUGUUCAUCAUCCCGCGCGCCAUCAACCCGCGCAGCAAGGCCACGCCCGGAACGCAGCGCAACACGCUGCUCAUGACCAUUGCCGUCUGGGCUGCCAUCUGGUCCGCGCUGUACUAUCUCUGCACCGGCUACUCGUUCGGCCUGGGCCUCGUCGUCUCCCGCCGGCUCGCGAACCUCCCCUACGUGUUGUGGGUGGCGUCCUUCAACACAAUCCAGAUCUUUGCGUGCUGCCUCAUCGACACCGUUUUCUUCCCGGCGACUUACAAUGCCACCGAUGGCAGGACGGAAAGGGAGGCAAAUGAAUUUGCCACGAGCAGGGUGCUCAGAGCGUUUAACAGGAACGGCCUGGCGGUGUUCUUGGUGGCGAACCUGCUCACGGGGUUGGUGAAUAUGACGGUCAGGACGUUGGACGUCGGUCCGUCAGUGACAAUGGCCGUGCUGUUGGGGUACAUGGGUGCUGUGACGGGGUUUGCCGUCCUCUUGGAUAUGUACGAUGUUUCUGUAAAGCUGUGA